AUGGGGUCUGACUCGGCUUGUGAGAAUGGUUUGGUUGCUAAGAUGGGCUCUGAAUUUAAGAUCCGUGACAUGGGUCGCCUAUCCUUUUUCCUUGGUAUUGAGACGAUCCCGGUGGAUGAUGGUUUGCUUCUUUCACAGCAGCAUUAUAUGAAAGACAUUCUGAAGCGUGCAGGUAUGGUUGACUGCAAGGCUCUUGUCACGCCUGUUUCUCUGACUCGUGUGGAUGACGGUGUUGUGAUCCCAUAUGCUGACCUGACACAGUAUCGUAGUCUGGCUGGGGCUCUGCAGUAUCUUACAGUGACCCGGCCUGAUUCGUUUGCGGUGAACAGGAGCUUUGAAUUGGUUUGCCUCGUUUGUCUUCUCCCAGUUUGUGGUGGAAGGAUUAUCAUGCUGCUGGAAGAAAAGGAUGUUGACUACGUGAUUUAUGAUGAUCCCACCACCUUCAUCCUGACUGCUACGACUGCAGCCACGACUGCGACCGCCACUACUGCCACAACCGGGGCAACUGACAAGUCGGACAAGACAGCUGAUUAA